CGAGUUUUCAUGUUUUUUUACUUGAUCAUAGCAUAACUUUUGUAUUAAAGCAUGUCUCUCGAUACUUCGAGUGGUAAUGCAGCAAUUUUAACUGUUUCGUUUUAGGAUGAACCUUGAUCAGCGCGAAAUAUUUCUUUCUGAAUCAAAUGUGUGCUCAAAAGAUUUUAAUCAAAAGAGUUCUCCAUUAUAUUGCGCACGCCCCGGUGUAAUAAAACGUAAUACAUUCAGUGGUGAACAGCAGAAGAUUUUAAAAGCUUAUUGUGUUAGAGAAAAACAGCAAAGUUGUAUUAAAGAAAAAGAAGAUAUUGAAAGUAUGGAUACAGCAUCAAGGGCACUCAACGAUGUUGGUCUCUGUGUCAUUGACAAUUUUUUACCAGAAGCUAUCGCAAAAAAGAUAAACGAAGAGGCGAUUGAUCUGCAUUCGACGCCAGGCGUAUUUUACGAAGCGUUGAGUUUUUCUUGUAAGAGGGUUUGUAACAGGUACAGAAGUGAUCGAAUAUGUUGGAUCUCUGGACGGGAGCCAAGCUGUAAGCAUUUAAAAAUACUCAUUGACUCACUCACCCAAACUAUUACAAUGCUAGUGCAGCAGAAUAACUUACAAGACCAGGAGGCAAUAGUUACACAUAAAUCCCAUUUACAAGUUUCUUGCAACCCUGCUAAUAGUUUUGGAUACUUGAAACAUGUUGAUAAUCCAGAUAAUAAUGGCAGAUUGAUCACGGCUGUAUAUUAUGCCAAUGAGAAUUAUAAUAGAGAUAAAGAUGGCGGGAUUACUCGAUUUUACGUUCAAAGAAAAUGUAAAUAUUUUGAUGUAGAGCCAAAGUUUAAUCGCGCUGUCAUUCACUGGUCGGAUGAUCGUAUCGCCAGCCGGACUUUUACAUCGUCGCGUGACAUAUUCUCCUUUACGAGCUGGUUUUUCGGGAUUUCCAAAAUUUCGUUCAACAAUAAAAACGGGAUUUUUAAGCAGAGGAAAAGAAAACACAUGGAAAAUGGUAGAAGGAUAAAAUCAGAUCACAAGGUUUCGGUUUUCGCGAGAAAAAAAUAAUCGACGUAUUGAUAACCAAUAAAUAAUUGGUAAUGGUUAUUACUUAUUAUCAAUUUCUCUUUUCUUUCAAUUAAAAAAAGCAAAAGCAGUUUCUUGUUUUUAAUAGUUUUGUUUCGUAUUGAUUUUAAAGCAACGAAGCUUAAACGUAUUUUUUGCAUGAAACAGAACACUUUCUUCCCUUAGUUUAAUUUUUAUCUUGUGUGUCGAUUUUCGCACGCGCUCCUCUAGCACGUGAUAGCUCAUCAUUUUUUAUAAAGUAAAAGUCAGUACGUAGCAAAAUUGCUAGAAAUAGAUUUUAAAUAAAUCUUUAUUUAUUAUAAUUAAGUUAUUGUAUAUAUCUUAUUUAUUCGUUUCAGAAAUUCUUUAAGUUUACUAUCUUAAUUUAUUUUUCACAUUGUUUUUAUUUUUUCAAUAAAAUAAUGUUAACACUAGGGCGGCAUCUAGAUGAACUCGUGAACUUUAGGGCGGGGAGUAGAAACCCUAUUGGGUUGUUUGGCAGAUUUGCAGUGCGCACUUUCCACGUGUUAAUUGCGUUAAAUUACUUCUUUGACAAUUACAUGACCGAAAGUACUAACUUAAAUACAAGAAUGAUCUUCGUAAUUAUACC